CUAAAGUAAAUUGAACACGAUGUUUGUAGGUUAGGUGGGUGGGAUUUUGUUUAUACUUAUUUGAAGCUUGAAUUUAUAUGUUUUCUUCUAUUUUUGCAUAAAAAAGUACUUUGAGCUUAUGAACAGAGUGCGAAAUAUUUCGAAUGUUAUGAUAAAAUAAGUUGCAGCCAUAGAAAGUAGAAUGUUUUUUAACUAAUUGAACAGUUAUAAAGCUACAAUGCAGAAGUACGCUCGGUUUGAAAAUGAUAGUGUUGGUGUUGUAGAAACUGACCAUGUCGAUGUCCAGCUGAAGGGCAGUAUUAAUAAUUCAUGUGAUUUAAAACAAACUGGUAUUGAAGCUUUAGAUGGAAAUAAAGAUGGGAAAGUAGUUGUUCAAAUAUCAGAUCCAGCAGGAAGCACCCAUUCUCACUUGAAUUUAAGUUUUCAGCAUAAACUAAGGAAAAUAGUGGAGCACCUGGCAUUUAGGGUUUUUGGACUGUUUCUAAUUAUUGUUGAUAUCUGUGUUCUAAUUGCUGACUUGGCACAACCCAAUCUUCCUCCUCGGAAACAACAGGCAUAUGAUUUUACAGCUCUCUGCUUUGUUUGUUACUUUGUUGUGGAAGUUAUUCUGAGAAUUAUUGCCAAAGGAGCAAAGGAGUUUUUUCAAACAUGGUAUAAUGCAGUUGACUUUGCUGUGGUGAUUGUAGCAUUUGUGGUGACUGUUAUUUACACAGCUGUAGACAUUGCUGGAUAUGCAAAGUUAGUUGUUAUUGGACGACUAAUCCGGAUUGUCCUCUUUGUUCGGUUAUUUACUGAGAGGAAGCACUUGGAGAAAGGGGCUAGGCAUGUAGUAUCCCAGAAUAAAAGAAGAUACCAAAAAGAUGGGUUUGAUUUGGACUUAACUUACGUAACAGGUAUCAGUACAAUAGUGACAAAUAACACUUUAUCAUUCUCUAAUGUUAAUUUGUUCAAAUGAGGUUCUGUGUAUGUU